AACUAAUCCCUGUCCUUUGUGGGUGAUUGGUUGUGUUUUAGUUUAAUUAUACAGUUGGUUGUGUUUAAUUAACUGUAAGUUUAAUUGGAUUUUUUGCUCUGUGAAAAUGGUUCGAGUUGUUGGAAACGAAAAGGGCAAAGAUAAGGAAGGAGGUAAAAGUAAAGGUAAGGGCAAAGGUAAAUCCAAAGCCGAAAAUGAAUCAAGUGAUGAGUCUGAAUUCGAUGGAAGUAUUGACCCUGCUAAUAUGUCCAAUCCCCCUGAGGGUCAAGGUAAAUUUUACGAUUCUGGUUCAUCAGAUGAUGAAGAUGAUGAUGCAUCCAUCGCUUCAUCAAGUUCAAAAAAGAAAAAAGGUAAAAAAGGUCGAAGCCGAAGUCGAAGUGCCAGUCCAAAUGCCAAAAAACAGAAAAAGGACACCGGUUCAAUAGAUAGUAAUGAAGAUGAAUUCGCGGAAGAUGAUGAAAUUUUCAAAUCUAAAGGUAAAAGUGGCAAAACUCGCGGUGGUACUUCCUCUCGUGGUCGAGGUCGAGGUGGUUCUCGUGGCCGAGGAAAAAGUGGUAAAGGUGGAAAAGCAGCACCAAAACCGGAAGAAAGUGAAGAGGGUGAUGAUGGUGAAGAAGAGAAAAAACCUGACCCAAAGGAUAAAAAGGAUAAAAAAUCGAAAAAAUAAUCAAUCCAAUUCUCGAGUAGAACACGAAAAAAAAUCCCAAUUACCGUUAUUCCAAUCAUGAAAUUCAAUUAUAAUCAUCAAUCUUUUUCUUUCUCAAUUUUACUCCAAUAACUUUUCAUCUAUUCCUCUGUUUACUAUCAUUAUAUUUACUUAUGAUUAGAUUAUAUCUUUCAUCUUUAUUAUUAAUGAAAUAAAAUGAUCUAAUUUGUUAAC